ACUAGCGAAGAGAAACCAACACUUGCCAAGAUGCGCGUAGCCCUCGUAGCCCUUCUGGUCCUAAUGGCUGUGGUCAUGGUAAUGGCCGAUCCUGACCCUGGAUACGGCAAAGGACACGGCCACGGCGGUUACGGCAAAGGACACGGCCACGGCGGUUACGGGAAAGGACACGGUCACGGCGGAUACGGCAAAGGACAUGGCCACGGCGGAUACGGCAAAGGACACGGCCACGGCGGAUACGGCAAAGGACACGGCCACGGCGGAUAUGGCAAAGGACAUGGUCACGGGGGAUACGGCAAAGGACAUGGGCACAAAGGUUACGGCAAAGGGCAUGGGCACGGCGGAUAUGGUUAUCAUUAACUUGUAACUUCCCGUCCCGACUUUUACCUCGAAAAAUAAAUAUCGAAAGAAAA